AUGGCGGCCCCUGGAAGCAGAUUAGAAAAGCUCUUCACUCGAGCAAUGGCAGAAGCAUUGAUCAUGAGUCGGUCUCGUACCGUGCGCAAGAAAUACAAAAGCGAGCUCCUCGCUGGAGCAAUGGCGGAAGCUUCGAUUAUGACCUUGCCGGAUGAUACACGCGAGCGGAUCUACGAGGACAAGCUGAUCGCCUCACAUCCUGUCAUGCUAGGUCCCUACCACCCAUACCACAAACCUCACCAUGCAGAGCAGAACUUCUGCAAGAUGAUGCAGAUCUCUGACCAACGAGAGGAAGUCAGUCACUUCUACACUCGGAACAACGCCUUCGUGCUCGAGGUAGCCAACCUCCAUCCCACCUCCUUGACGAUCUCACGCAAAGGACUAUAUCGAAAACUUUGUUACAAGCCUCCCACACCGGAAGACCUUGCAGUCGGGCCGACGAAGUUGAGGAAACUGACCUAUCGAUGCCAGAAAUAUACGGACGAAAAGGACCCAUGGUGCCUAUCUUACCUCGAGCUCGAUGUAGCACUAUCAAUUUCGCCUUUCGCGAGGCGACCAUGGCGUGUCAAGUGGAGGUACGACACCACCAGCGCAGAUGAGACUAGGCAGGCACUCAAGCGUCAGGUGAGGCAAAUCCUGGACCUUUUCGGCAACAAUGGAAAUGCGGCGAUGAUAAUGAGUCCGGCUGCUAUCCGACAGAUAUCGGAUGUGCUAUGGCGGAGCUGUGAGCAGCAUCCAUGGCGACCAGUGCCGCGAGGAUUGCGGUGA